GCGCGCCCCGGAACUGCGCAGUGACGCCCGUGAGGGCUUGGCCUGGGCGGGCUCCUCUCUUCCGGGCGGCGGCGGGGAGCGGGCCGCGGGCCGCGGCGGGAGCUACCAUGAGCGACGUAAUGGAGCGGACGCUGAGCGUGCUGCCCGGGCUGCUGGGGCAGCACGACCUGGGCGUCGGGCUCAGGGGCGUCGGAGGCCCUGGCAGGGUUUCCGCCACCUCCCGGCUCGGGAGCCUCAUCCGGAACAUCACGACACUCACUUCCAAGCAUGAAGAAGAAAAACUGAUCCAGCAGGAACUCACAAGUUUGAAAGCAACAGUUUCAGCCCCUACCACAACACUUAGACUGAUGAAAGAAUGUAUGGUGAGACUCAUCUACUGUGAAAUGCUGGGGUAUGAGUCUUCCUUUGGAUAUAUCCAUGCCAUCAAGCUUGCACAGCAAGGAAAUCUUUUGGAGAAAAGAGUUGGUUACUUGGCAGUUUCUUUAUUUCUACAUGAAAAUCAUGAACUGCUACUUCUACUUGUGAACACAGUCGUGAAGGACUUACAGAGCACUAAUCUAGUAGAGGUGUGCAUGGCAUUAACUGUUGUCAGCCAGAUCUUUCCACGGGAGAUGAUUCCAGCUGUUCUUCCCCUAAUAGAAGACAAGCUUCAGCAUUCUAAGGAAAUUAUCCGAAGGAAAGCUGUUCAGGCUUUAUACAAAUUCUAUCUCAUUGCUCCUAACCAAGUUCAGCACAUUCAUGAUAAGUUCCGGAAAGCCUUGUGUGACAGGGAUGCUGGAGUCAUGGCUGCUUCUUUGCACAUUUAUCUUCAAAUGAUUAAGGAAAACUCAUCUGGAUACAAGGACUUGACUGGGAGCUUUGUAACCAUCCUAAAGCAGGUAGUGGGAGGAAAGCUUCCUGUUGACUUCAACUAUCACAGUGUGCCAGCACCAUGGCUACAAAUUCAGCUUCUAAGAAUAUUACGUCUGUUAGGAAAAGAUGAUCCAAGGACAAGUGAAUUGAUGUAUGAUGUCCUAGAUGAAUCUUUAAGAAGAGCAGAGAUAAAUCAUAAUAUUACAUAUGCUAUCUUAUUUGAAUGUGUCCAGACAAUUUAUACCAUUCAUCCCAAACCUGAACUGCUUGAAAAGGCUGCCAAAUGCAUUGGAAAAUUUGUUUUGUCACCCAAAAUUAAUUUGAAAUACUUAGGUUUAAAGGCUUUGACCUAUGUUAUCCUGCAGGAUCCUAAUCUAGCACUUCAGCACCAGAUGACAAUAAUUGAAUGCUUGGACCAUCCAGAUCCUAUUAUUAAAAGGGAGACUUUAGAGCUUCUGUAUAGAAUUACAAAUGGACAAAAUGUAAUCGUUAUAGUUCAGAAGAUGCUUGACUACUUAAAAGAAAGCAAAGAAGAAUAUGCUAUCAUCAACUUAGCUGGCAAAAUAGCAGAACUAGCUGAGAAGUAUGCCCCUGACAAUGAGUGGUUCAUCCAAACAAUGAAUGCAGUGUUUUCAGUGGGAGGUGAUGUUGUGCAUCCUGAUAUCCCAAACAACUUUCUGAGGUUGUUGGCUGAAGGAUUUGAUGAUGGAAAAGAAGAUGAUCAGCUACGGAUCUACGCAGUACAGUCUUACUUAGCAUUACUUAAAGAGGAGGAUGCAUUGUAUCCACAGAAAUUCCUUCAAGUUAUGAGUUGGGUGUUGGGGGAAUAUUCCAGCCUUGUUACAGAUGUUGAUCCAGAAGUUAUUUUGACAAAGCUACACAGUCUGCUGAAGAAAACAUUUGUUACUUCUGAAACUAAAGUGUGGAUAAUGGCUGCAGUCACCAAGAUAGCAUCACGUACAUCUAGUUCGAUGACAGUUGACAAACUGAUCCAAGAAUUCAGCAACUCUCUGGAUACCAGCAUGAGACAGCAUGCCUUUGAAUUGAAGCAUCUGUGUGAAGACAAAACACUGAUGAAAAACUUGCUUCCAUUUGAUGGUAGUUGCAGUGACAUAGUGGUCGAUGCUUCCUUAUCUUUUCUGGAUGGUUUUGUGGCUGAGGGACUUGGUUGUGGUGCAGCACCAUAUAAGCCUCAUCACCAGAGACAACAGGAAAAACUUUCUCAGGAAAAAGCUCUGAAUUUUGAACCUUAUGGAUUGUCUUUUACUUCAAGUGUGUCCUCAUCUGCUGUCACUGGCAGGCAGUCUCCCGCUGGAUUAUCUUUUGGUUCUGAUACGUCUGGUAAUAGCGCUGAGACGGGGCAUAAAGAGACAAAUACCCUGAAACUUGAAGGAGUACGCAAGCUGUGGGGAAAAGAAGGCUAUCUUCCAAAGAAAGAAAGCAAACUAGGGAAAGAGAAUGAGCCACAAACUGUUUCUUGUGGCAGCUUAUUAGGAGGACAAAUGGAUGAUCCUCCUGUAUCACAGUCUGAUCAAGUUGCCAGCCUUUCUGAGGAAGACAAAGAGAAGCAGCAGUUAGCAUCAACUUUGUUUACUGGGCUAGGGUCAAAUGCAGGUGUCAGUCUGAUGGGGAAAGCAGACACAGCUACUCAGAAGUUCAAAAGAAAAUCAAAGAUAAAUGCAACUCAGAGCAGUGAGGAGGCAUCAGACUGCCAAAAUAGUGCUGCUUCUGAUUUUGGUCCCUUACUUGAUGCAGUACCCAUUAACAUGGAAGACUGUGAGAGAAGUAUAAACACGAGGUUAAGGAAAGCCUCCCUGUGUUCUUCAGAUAUUGUAGAAGAUAAUACAGCAUUUGAAGCACCUCUAUCGCUAAAAACAUCAGUGCUGGAUGAUGGACCUUCAGCUAGCAGGAUGUCAGAGUCGACUCUGUUUGAUAGUAAUAUUGAAAUUUUUCAGCCUUCUCCAAGUGCUCAUUGUGAAAGUGCCAGUAAAACACCAUUGGUCCUUUGCUUACCAGAAGAGCUAGAAGAGUUCACUCAUUCUGAAGUAGUAGAACUUUGUCAGAGUGAUGCCUUAGCUCUGCAUUUAUGUAAGGUGUGGACAGAUGACUCUCUGUUGCUGGCUGUUUUUGUUUCAAAUAAAACCACUUCUGCAUGCAAUACUGUGAACUUAGUGUUUGAAGAAACAGAACAUUUUCAGGUUUUGGAGAGUCCCACCUACCAGUUUCCUGUAAUUGAAGCUCAAAGUGUGAAACUUUGCCAGAAAUGUGUGUGGAUGAACAAAUUCUGUACACAGGGAAUUCUUUCUGGCUCUGUUAAUUACCAGUCAGAGAUGGAAACCCACAUGGACUUUUCAAUAACGUUGUCAUUGCUGGACUUCAUCCGGCCAAUGGAAAUGACUACAGAAGACUUUGGGAAGCUGUGGUUAUCCCUUUCCAAUGAUGUGAAACAAAACAUAAAAAUGUCAUCUUCUGAAGAUUCCCUUUCAGCAGCCCUGAAUACACUGCAGCAGAAGUUGAAACUCCACAUAGUUGACCUUAUAGGUAAUGAGGGCAUACUGGCAUGCCAGCUCCUUCCAUCUGUGCCCUGUCUGCUGCACUGUCGCACUCACUCAGGGAUGCUGGCGCUGUGGUUCAGAUCGCCUUGUUCUGCUCUUCCAGAUGGUUUGCUGUAUCAGUGUCAAAAGGUGAUGGAGGAAUCCUAGUAACACUCGUGCCUGCCUUAAUCUGUUUGGUGCGUGAAAAGGAAAUCAAAGAUUUUUACAGUUGCACAGAUAACUACCAAAGCUAAAUUAAGAUACUGCUUCUCAGAUGUAUUAAGAGUGUUCUCCAGUGUUUGUCAUGUGGACUUGUGGGUGCAGAGUGAUGACCUAACAUGCCUGCAAAAACAUGCUCAGGACUGUACAGUGACUAACAAGUAAUCCAUUGUUGUUCCCUGUUUAAGUGAAAUGUAUAUUUGUUAAUUUUGUUGUAAAUGACUGAAAGUAUUUAUUUUUAUUAUGCAGCUUUUAUAGAUGCCAACAAUUAUUCCUUCUAUCAACUACUUAAAUCUAAUUUUAAAGAAAAACUAUCUCCAUUAUGAGGUCAGACUUGAUUAGUUAUCAGGAUCAUCUAAUUUUACUUGGAUUUUUUUUUCAAAAGCUAUUUUUAAGCACUGCAGGCAACAAGACCUGUACUGGUGAUUGUAUAAAGUAACUUAUGUAGCAACAAAUGCAUGUUUUAAGCACAGUUAAAAGAUUUCAGUAAGCAACACACUUCCCAUGGGCUUUGAUACCUACUAUUUAAAUAGUAACAUCUAAUAGGUUUUUGAUAGGAGACAGACAUGAGAAGUUGUAUGGAAGCAGCUCCUGGGGGAUGAUCUAAGGCCUGUCAGGUUAUUUCCUGUCUGCAGUUCUUCCUGUCUCGUUUCAGCCACGUUCCCUUUCCUUAGGUGUCUGUGACAGUGAAUAUUUUUGUGUGUCUGAAGAUAAGAUUCAUGUGGGUGAAGUUUGAGAUGACUGAGCUGGGAUAGUUGCCUCGUGGACACGUUGACUAGUUGCCCAGUGGACAUGUUCAUUGCUCUCUAGUCAGUCCUGUAAAUUUAAUCUGGCCAAUGCCUCUGCCCACAAACAUUGGACAUGGAGAAAAUGUUGAUGUUAUUUCUGGUUAUUUACAGCCUCAGUAUGACUGUUGAAAGGUUUCACUUGCACAGAUGUGAGUAUCUUGUAUGAGCAUGGCCAGGAAUUGCAGUAAGGCGUAAGAGAUGUAAAUCAGAGCAGUAUACAUGAUAAAUGUGUCUACCUAGAUUGCCUUUUUUUUUCUUCCUGAAAUAAUCUCAUGGUCUUCAAAAGCCAGCAAUCUUAAUUUAUUUAGAUGCUAAAUGAAAGCUUUGUCAUUGCUUAAUAUUAUUUAUAGCUGCUCAGGUUUUUUAUUUAGAAACAUCAAAGAUUGUGCACAUGGAUCAGACUUGGUAUAAAUGGAUUCUCCUUUGUGGUUGAUAUUAGCAAGGAAAUUCUUUGUUGCAUUUCAGUGUUACUGAUUCUCACCUGAUAAGCACUGGUUGUAAAAGAAAAUAAAGUAUUCCUUACUUUGCUAGUGUUUUGGUAAGCGUUUGUGAAAUCAUAAAAAUAUUGUGCUGUGAGUUUCUUUUAUGUCUGUGUGUGGAUUUGGUUGUUUUUUAAGUCAUGCCACUUGUGUCAUCACAAGUCUGAUCUUACAAGCAAAGCUCCUUUUUUGUUGUUGUUUUGGUACCUUCUUACUGAGGAAUUUAAAGUGCACUGAACCUGUAAAUAUACUGAAUGUUCUGCAUAUCUAAUGUUUACUGCACACUUUAAAACAGUUUAUAUAAAUAGAAACUGAUUUUUAGUGGAAUAAUUUCCAGCAAACGAUUUCUCUGCUGGUAAAUCAGACCAACUGGACUUUUGUAAUCAUAUGAACUAUAACAGAAGUAUCAGUUUGUGGCCUAUGCAUUUAAACCAUUUCAGCCAUGAGCUGUUGAGUAUUCUAGUGUUUAAAAAGAACAGCAAACAACACAUGCCUUCUGCUGUUCAUGUGAUGUUCUUGGCAACCUUUUUCACCAUAGGAGUAAUGUGUGUUGUCAGUAUGCAGAUUUGAAGAGCUUUAUGGUAACCUCAUAUCAAGGAGUUUGUAGGGAACUGUACCUGUGCCAGUCUUUAUUUUUAGAUUGUCCCAGAUAUUUGUCUUAAUCUGUCGCCAUCUUUGCAUUUCUUGUAGUUUAAUAAAAUUCCAUUUAAUUUAAAAUAUAAA